CUCGAUAAAAAUACAUUUCUGUGUCAGUCAAUACUCAACACAAUAGAGAUUUGUGAAAAUAUUGAUAAGUCAUUACUCAUUCAGUAUAAAAUAUUUUAUUUUCGUCAGAGACCGAUUUAUCGCUUUGUCGGAGUCGCCUUCUGCGCCAGUGUGUGUAAAGGUUGCAAUUUCGACGGAGUUACCGAGCGCUAAAUAUACUACGCCUUACUAAUAAUUAUAACAAAAAAUAUAAGUGAAUCAGAAGUAUGAAGACCAUCUUGAUUUCGUUUGCCUGCCUCCUGGCAGUUUCUGCUGUGUCAUCAGAGACCUGCUUCAAUGAUGUUUCCAUGGACUGUGGACAAGCUUCAAAUAGUUUAGCCCUACCCAGCUGUAACGCAAUCUACGGCCAUUUCAGUCGUAAAGGCAAUGUCGCGAUUGAACUACAAGCAUAUGCCAACCUGCAUCUCCGCAGAUCGUAUGAAUAUCUCCUGUCCGCGGCCUACUAUAACAAUUACCAGACUAACAGACUGGGUUUCAGCAAACUGUUCCAGAAACUCUCGGACGACACCUGGGAUAAAACUAUUGAGCUGAUCAAGCAUAUUACUAAGAGAGGUGGAACUAUGGACUUCGCCCGCCGCAGCACCAAGGAUCACAACCAGAACAGCACCAUCGAACUGCAAGAGUUGGAGUCUCUCGCUCAUGCCCUGGACACCCAGAAGGAGAUCGCCGAGAGAGCGUUCCUGAUCCACCAGGAAGCUACCAGGAACAAUCACGAGACACACGAUCCUGAGGUCGCUCAAUAUUUGGAGGAAGAGUUCAUCGAAGACCAGGCAGACACCAUCAGAAACUUGGCCGGUCACACCGCAGACCUCAAACAGUUCAUAAUUUCCAACGAGGGCCAGGACCUAUCCAUUGCUCUGUACCUGUUCGACGAGUAUCUGCAGAAGACCGUCUAAAAAUACCAUUUUGGUAGAAAACAUUAGGUUAAUGGCAACAUUUGUGAUAGUCGCUUCGAUUACAGUGUAUUAAUUAAAUAAUCAAAUAUUUACCAUGUGCCAUUAGUAGGAAGCAUGUUGAUUUGGCAACAUUAAAAUUAUAUCAAAUUAAUUAUAGUAUGCUGAAAUUAUUUUACUCGGCAUUUUAUUGGCCUUUAUAAAUGGCUUCCCUAUUAGAUUAUUAAGCAUAAUUUUUCUCCACUAAAUGUAUUUUAUUUUUCCAAUAUUGUCUAUUAAAUAGUACUGUUUAGUAGAAGUCUAUAUUCCGUACAAAAUAGGCUGUUAAGUUCAAUAUUAAUUUUGUUAGUUUCCCAUUUAUUAUGAAAUAAAUUAAAUUACCACCUA